CGUUCCUCCGUUCCCAACCAAAAGGAGAAGAAGAAGAAGAAAAAAAAAAACCACUCUCGAAAUCCUCCACUGAUCAAACCACAAUGGCAUUGGCGAAUCUGCAGAGGGUGUCCUCGCACGCGCAGCGCCUCCCCUCUCUUUCCUUCUUCUCGAAAUCCCUAAUCUCGCGCUCCACCUCCACGAAGAAGGUCUCGGACCGCAUCGUGCGCCUCUCCGCGAUCGACUUCGAGGGGAAGAAGCACGAGGUGGUGGGCCUGACGGGCCAGACCCUGCUGAAGGCCCUCGUCAACACGGGCCUCGUCGACCCAGACUCCCACCGCCUCGAGGAGAUCGACGCCUGCUCGGCCCACUGCGAGGUCAACAUCGCCCAAGAGUGGCUCGACAAGCUCCCUCCCCGCUCCUACGACGAAGAGUAUGUCCUCAAGCGCAAUUCCCGAGCCAGAGUCCUCAACAAACACUCCAGGCUCGGAUGCCAGGUUCUCCUCGACCACGCUCUUCAAGGUAUGGUCGUCGCGCUUCCCGAACCUAAGCCCUGGGACACUUCCUAGUUCCCUCCCAUUCCCGAACCUCAUCUCUUUUUUCGCUCAAUAAUGUAAUCCUUUUCAGAAACCCUAAACAGAACAGAACUCGUUGAACCUUGCAAUUGCAUUGCUUUAUUAUUAUAUUUUCGCUGUUUUGGAUCCGUGCCGAUGAUUGGCUCGCUAUUAAUAACUAUUUGGAGCCGUGUGUUUUAUUUCAUCAUGAUGAGUUGCAUU